AUGUCGCUACCCUUCACCGACUCCUCCGAGGGCAUCAUGCGCAGGCUCUCAGCUGCCGACACUGUGAGCAGCGCGGACAGGAGGGCGGAGAUCCUCAAUGCGCUGCGAGCAGAGUACCCCAUCGAUAGGCCGCCCUCGCGCACGGUCAUGGACUCGGCGCUCGACGCGGACCCUUCUGCGUCCGCCUCGUCGCUCGACCUCCCGUCGAUGAUGGCCGGUCCAGACCGCAUCCGCCGCCGCUCGGAGCUUUCGCGCAUCCGCACCCCGGCGCCCGCAGAGGCCAUCGAGCUCUCGACGCUGUCCCCUAUUGACGAGCAGAAUCACGGCCAAUCCAGUGCGAUACAGACUAUGAUAGCGGGGCUCGCGGGCGAGCCGCCGCUCGAAAAGAUGGUGGAUGUCGAGACGGCGCCGACGUCGUAUGCGCCCUCGCUCCACUACGCGGGGUCCGAAGGGCAGAGCAGCGCUGCCCCUAACCCGCCCAUCUCGCCGGCACAGCGGGCAAAGUACCGCCUGAACAGCAGGAUCCAGUUCGCCGCGUUGUGCUAUUCGUUCUUCCUCGAGGGCUGGAAUGACGGCUCCACGGGCCCUCUGCUGCCGAGGAUCCAGCGCAAUUACGGGAUCGGCUUUGCCCUGGUGUCGCUGCUCUUCGUGACAAACUGCGUGGGCUUCCUGAGCGGUGCCAUACUGAACGUCCAUCUGAACCACAAAUUCGGCUUCGGGAAGGUCGUUGUCUUCGGUCCGUGCGCAGGCGCCGUCCUGCAACUCGUCGGGUACGUGAUGAUGGCGCCGGGCGGACCCUUCGGCGUCAUGUGCGUCGCAUUCAUUUUCACGGGCUUCGGCAUCUCGCUGCAGAACGCGCAGGCGAAUGGGUUCGUCGGAAGCCUGAGGGAGCACGCGCGCGUCAAGUUUGGCUUCCUCCAUGCGUCGUACGGUAAGCGACCCUCGUGGCUGCUCACCGGCUGCCUGGGCUACAUCGGCGGCGUCGGGCAGGCGGGCUCGGCCGUGCUGCCGUUCAUCACCGGCCUGCUCUCCUCCCGCUUUGGCAUCGAGUCGCUGCAGCCCUUCAUUGUAUCGAUGAUGUCGACGAUGAUUGUAAUUUGGGCCAUCGUGCCGAAGGUUCGCAGGAUCGAAUGA